GGCUUCCGUUUUGAAAGACAAACUGGACGAUUGCAUGGUGGCAGGAAGAGAUUUGUUUAGCUUUUAUUCAUCCCCUAUUUUUUAUUAGUGCAUAAUGAUUUUGGAGUCAAACCCCGGCGUAACUAUAGAAAAACAACGUUGACUUGGAUCUGAAAUGGCAAGACAAGGAAUUUCAAGACCAAAGGUGGUCUCAUCAGGCAGGCUUACAGGCUCUGGAAGGGGACACAUUUACAAAAAGAGGGUUACUGGGAGAUCUCUGCCACCUCUUGAACCUGCAUAUUCCCUUUAUUCUACGGAUUCAGAAGAUCAGGUGACAACAAUACACAAGGGACUAGAUCGAUGUGCUGCUUUACUAAAUGGGAUACUUGAAGCUGAACAAGCAGAAUCAAAGCCGAAAUCACCAGGAGCGAAGACCACCUUUAAAGCCAAACCCAAGAAUUUGUCAAGAAAAACAGUGACAGACAAAAAACAUGAGAGGAAGACAGGCCCUCAUGCAAAGAAAAAGCCAGUUCCAGUGCAAAAGACGAUUCUGUCUGCCAGCUUGAACGGCGGGAUCAGAGGAGGAGUACAUGAUACAGGACAGGCCACUAUAACAAAAGCAAAACAGACUCGGCCACACCCAUUUCCACCGGCCCACUCGCAGCCUGAUACCAAUAAACUCGCUCAUUUGGGUGGGGUUCAGACAUCCACUGUGUUUAACUGUCGACUGACUCAAUCCACACCUGCAUUCAGCCCACAGAGACCUGGUUCAGCACAAAGUGAACCUUGUGUGCAAAACCGCAAUAACCCAUCCGAGGAGUUUGAUCAUGCCAACCCAACUCAGUUUUCCUCUUCUUUGCCCAUGCCACGAGCAAUCCAAAAACAGUUUCCAGUCAUUGUGCAGUCUCCUUUCCAAAAUGGACAUUGUAUUCCUGUAGAACAAGGGGUACCUUUGACCACGGCCCCAAUCUGUGAUGAUUCCCAAAUGGGAUCUGUAGGGUCAAGCGUCCCUUUGGCAUCGUCCACUGGAAACUUAAGCUGCCCUUCGAUGGAAGUGCCAGGAACACAGGUGCCCGUACAGGCCCAUGUUACCCAGGCUCAGUCUAAUACAAAUGGACAACAGCCGAUGAUUUCCAAAAAUCAGGAGAGGAUUUUUUCAAUGGAGAGUUCAAAUGAGAGUUGUGGUGGUACCAGUGCAGAGGAAGACAAUAAACAUGACGUGGUGGACACCAUGCCUGUCAGGGAUAUCAGCAAGGAGAAAAGCACAGAUUUGAAUUACAGUCCUGAGAAAACCACCAGGAAGGUUAUGACUGUCAGAUAUCUGCUGGGAGAGCUAAAGACCCUGGUCGCCAAUCAAGACAGUGAGGCUGUGCGUCUGAUCUCUGAGCUGGAGCAGAGCAUCUCCCUACUUCCUGUCAUGGUGGGCAGCACUAACAUCCAGGCUGAGAUUGCACUCGCCCUGCAGCCACUCAGAGGUGAAAACGCACAGCUGCGCAGGCGAUUGCGAAUACUCAAUCAGCAGUUAUUGGAACGUGAGAGGGCAGAAAGAAGGGCCAGACCAGCAGACUGCAACAUGGAGGUGGUGGCAUUGCAGUCAUUGAACCUCACUCUUCAGACUCAAUUAAAUGAGAGCCACAGAGAGCUCCAAGACCUUCAGCAGGAGAACAUGAGACUACAGAAAGCUCUGGAGAGCAAAGAAAACAACUGGCAGCAGCACAAAGCGCAAUGCGAAACGGAGAACAGUUGCCUAAGGCUGGAGUUGAAUGAGGCAUUAGCUGAAAUCCAAAGUUGCCAGAGUAAACUCCAAAAGUGUGAGUUUGAGAAGACUGCAUUGACUCUUAGUUUCCAGCAGAGGGAGGGAGAGAUCAGCAGACUACAAGAGAUCAUCCGAAGUUUACAACCAAACCAGAUGAUAUCCCCCAAAACCUCUCAGCACCUGGAUUUGCCUCAGUCGAGUUCAAAGCUUACCAGGAGUGUUCUGGAAUGGCAUGAAAAUGCACAGAAGGAGACUGGCACAUCAGACAAACUCACCAGCUCAGUAAAGACCUACCUUCAGACACUGGAGGGGGCCGGACAGGCCUCUUCUCCUCACAGGGUACACAUAUUACAGCCAGCCUCACCUUGUGGUGAAAAAGAAAGAAUUAUCCCAUCAGAUGGUCAAAUCUGCUCUCCAAAACUUCAAAACGAGAUUCACAAGCCGAUCCUGGAAGCCAUAGCUGAGAAUGUACCUCAGUUAGCAGAGCAGAGCAUAACAUCUUUUGCCCCUUUAAGAGAGACUUCAGUGGGGCUGUAUGGCACUGGUAUGCCUCAUAGUAAACCUUUCACACAGUGUAAAGAGCUGAUGCCAGCCGAGAGUCAAAAGCAAAAUGUAGGGCUGAAAUAUAUGAGCGGUUCUUUUGGACAACUGGGCAUCUCGGAUACUCUACACAGUCAGGAAUCAAAGUAUGAUAGCCAAAACAAGGGACUGAAUGAACACCCGCUGCAAUCCCAGCAUGCCCGUCGGUGCCUGAAGAUGGACGUUGAGUCGGGGCACACUGAGCGACCUUCAGUGAUGGAGAGCACCUUCGCCUCUUGUGAUAUAAAGUCUUUAGCAUCUGAUUGGAGCGUAAACUCCUGGUCUACUUUUAACACACGUGAUGAGCAGAAUUUCAGAGAGGGUCUGGCAGCACUUGAUGCCAGCAUAGCAAGUCUGCAGAGGACCCUGAAAGCAGAUUUAAAUAAAUGACGGUUUAGCAGUUA